UCCGAUUGCUCACCACUCAAAAUGGAUUCCUUGUAUCCGGUAGGUUCGCGAUAUUGGACAGUGAUUGCGGGGUGCAUAAUUUAGUGCCACAACGAAGUCAACACAACCACGAACCAUAAAUAUAUUGUUGCAGGCUCAUAUAGCUUUCCAGAUAGAGGCCUAUCAGAUGAGCUACAUAAUCCGCUCAAUCUCGCCCCAAGCUCUAGCCGUCCUACCGUCUUUCUUCUGAUCUUGAGUCAAACAUAUCGUCAACAUGUACGCAGAACUCAUCACCGCCGCUCUUGCAGUCGCACCCACCACUCUCUUCCCUCGUCAGGUGGGAUCAACGUGCCCUACUACUAUCGCUUGCCCAACCAACAACGGUUGCACUUCUACAGCCGCCAAUGGUGCCGUCUUCGAGCUGAAGUGCUCAACCAACUACAACGGUCCUGUCAUUGAAAUCAACCAGGCAGCUUCUUUCGCUGAAUGUCUCACUGCUUGCUCUCUCACCUCCGGCUGCAAAGGUCUAAACUACAAAGGCAAAUUCUGCUACCUCCUCGGCAACAAACUCGGAGGUAGUCAGUCUGUCACCAACGUUCAGGCCGCUAUUGAGACCAAGACCGCCACCAAGACCUCCCCCGCCGCCGGCUCAUCAACCUGUGCUGCAGGCCCUACCUGCCCAUCUGGCGAUGGCUGCGUAUACGCAGCUAACAAGAAGAACUUCUAUACUCGCUGCUCCUUUGACUUCUACGGUGGUGACAUGGCGAAAGGCGUCAGCGAGCAGAAGGAUCUCAAAGCAUGUGUUGACAAGUGUUCUACGACAACUAGCUGUGUGGCUGUCAGCUAUGGCUCUGGCACGUGCUACUUGAAAUCUACUUUGAACCCUGCGAUUUACAGAGCGAAUGUCAAUGGUGCGUACAUCAAGUAAGACGCAGAAGCCGAUGCUGUAUGGCAAGAUGUAUCGUCUUCUUCGAUAAUAUGACCUAUAACCAGAAGCCGCCUGAAUUAUGGAUAGAGGUACACAGCAAUUAAUAAACAGAUGCUAUGCGAC